UCUAUGAGGGUUAAAACCACAAAAUCCUAAUUGUUUCAGUUCCUUGUUAAACCCUAGCCGUAGCCCGUUCCUCGGAGUCCCAUCACCGCAUCUUCGCCGGUGUUCUGUUGCUGCAACCUCGCCGGAACACGAUUUCGCAAAUCCUAGCGCCGUCGUCUUCUUCUUCAUCUUCACACUUCAACUCAGCAUAAGGGCAACUACAUUUGAUUCAGAAGAACUUGUAUUUCAUUUUGUUAUUGAAGUUCUAUUGGUUGAAGCCGAAAAUAUUUUCUAUUGUAGUCCUGUUUCUUCGGGAUAGCACUCCCUAACAGGGUAUAGGGUCAAUGUUUUAUCUCAGUAAGAUUGAGCAUAAAUUGGCCUUGCCUCCAUCUCUUCUUUCUCUUCCCAUUGGAGAAGCCAUACACACGGAGCUUGAGAGGCUUUUCUUGGAUAAGGUUAUUGCAAACUUGGGCCUUUGCGUAUCUGUUUAUGAUAUCAUAUCCAUCGAGGGUGGGGCUAUCUUCCCUGGUGACGGUGCUCCGACCUACCUGGUGGUAUUUAAUUUGAUUAUGUUUCGUCCAUUUCCGGGGGAGAUUAUUACUGCAAAACUUGUUUCAUCUAAUGCUGAUGGCUUGCGCUUAUCCAUUGGAUUCUUUGAUGACAUUUAUAUUCCUACUCAUCACAUGCCCAAUCCAAACCAUUAUGAAGCAGAAAAUAGCAACAAAGGCACAUGGUAUUGGGAUUUUGAUGAAAAUGAUUUAUCACUCGGUAUUAAUUAUUCUGACGAGAUCAAAUUCCAAGUUCAAAGUGUGAGUUACCCUCCAAUUCCAGUUGAGCAACCAAAAGAAUCAAAGCCAUUUGCUCCAAUGUUGGUUAGUGGAUCAUUAGAUCAAGAUGGUUUGGGUCCUGUUUCCUGGUGGUGAUGAAUUCAUUCCUGGGAUUUAUUCAUUUUCAAGGUUACAAUUAGAAGAAAUUGCCCCUAUUUUGCUUUGGAAUAAAAGAAAACGGUAAAGAAAUUAGUCGUUAUUACUUGUUAGGUUAGAAGAAAUUAAUGGUUUGCUCAUGUUCUUGUGGACAUCUCUUAAAAACAUGGAAUGUGUGAUUCAAUGAAUUUCCAUUGCUUUGUAAAGUUUUUAAAUUUUGAUUCAA